AUGUCAGAAACAUUAUCUCCAGAAGCAAAAAAAUUAUAUCACGCGAAACUCGAGCGAAUUAUCUUUACUACUUACGAAACUUUGAAAACAUGGAGAAAGUAUGAAAGGGAUUAUAAUGCUUUGAAGACAACCUUGGAAGAUUUAUCUCACGAGACGGAAUAUAGAAUCAUGGUACCGAUAGGCAAACUUGCAUUUAUGCCCGGAAAGCUUGUUCACACGAACGAAAUCUUGGCAAUGCUCGGCGAUAAUUGGUUUGCUGAACGUUCGACUAAACAAGCUGUUGACAUAGUCGAUAGAAGAUUGGAAAGUUAUAUUUUGAAUUUAGUGGUGAGGAAAACCAUAAAUGAUCUGGAAACUCAACUUGAAAACCAAAAAAUGAAGAUCGGUUUAACGUCGGAUGCAUUAAGAUUUGCAAACAUAGAAAAAGAGAUAAAUGAAGAAGGAUUACCUAUUGUAGAAAUACAAGAAACUGAAGAGAAUGAACUGCAAAGUCGAAUAACAAAAGACGAAAAGGAUGAUUUAGAACCAAAUCUGAAACAAAUUGGUCAAUCAAAAGCUUCGGACUCGCUUUCCUCAUUUGAUUCUGACGCUUCUCCGAAAGCGAGACAAAUUGAGCAAACAAAUGUUGCAGUAAAAUCUGCAGUCAUAGAAAAUGUGACGUUGCCGGAGGAAUAUGACGCUGAAGCUUUAGAAGACGAGAUAUGGAAAAAACAGGUCUGA